CUUUUAAUACAUAUUUAUGAAUAGCAAAGAGAAAAUCGCCAAAUAUAAAGCCAGAGUCAAUGAUGUUAUCUAAAAUAUGGUCUAUGAAUUAUUCAAAAAACAACCAGAAAAUUAUGUAACUUAAAUAUUUAACCCUAGAUUGAUUGGAUGAUUGAAUAUUUGGAAGUGCGAAGAGCAAAGCAUAAUGUUAGAACAACACAAAGUCUACAGAUCGAGUAUCAUAUUUCUUCUGAAGAAGAGAAUGCCGAAGAUGUGGAUGAGUUGGAAAAGGCAGUAAAAAAAGAACAGCAAUUUCGUACUUCUGUAAGUGCCGAAGUCUAUGGAAUCUACAACAAAAAAGAGGACUUUAAACCUAGAGUCAUUCCCAAAUCUUAGGAUCAGAGGGAAAGAAUAGAAAACAAAUUGAGUGGAGUAUUCAUGUUCCAAGCACUUGAUCAAAAUGAAAGAAACAUCAUCAUUGAUGCCAUGGAAGAAAAACACUUCAAUCCUGGAGAUUGGAUCAUUAAUCAAGGCGAUGAUGGCAAUGAAUUGUAUGUGGUGGCCUCAGGUCAACUAGACUGUUAUAGAAGAUUCUCUAAAGAUUAAGAACCAAAAUUAAUCAAGCAAUAUUAAAGUGGAGACAUGUUCGGUGAGUUGGCUCUUCUAUACAAUGCACCAAGAGCAGCCUCCAUCUAAUCCAAUACUGAAUCAGUACUCUUUGCACUCGACAGAUCUACAUUCAAUGCCAUUGUUAAAGAAGCUACUGUCAAAAGAAGAGAACAUUACGAAGAAGUCCUAUCCAAAGUUGAAAUACUCAAAUCCAUCGACUCCUAUGAAAAGACUCAAAUAUGUGAUGGUCUCAAAGAAUAGCACUUUAAGGCUCAAGAAUACAUUAUUAAAGAAGGAGAAGAGGGACACAAGUUCUACAUAGUUGUCAAAGGAAGUCUAAUUGCACUUAAAUAAAAUGAAGAAGUUCUUAAAUAUUAAAGUGGAGACUAUUUUGGUGAAUUAGCUCUCAUUAAUAAAGUACCAAGGCAAGCCACCAUCUAAGCUGAAGUAAUCUUACAUCUUAGAAUUAUAGACUGAUUGUGUUGUUGUGUACUUAGACUACCAAGCAUUCAUAAGACUCCUAGGACCUAUUGAAAACAUAUUAUUAAGAAAUGCAGAGAACUACAAGAAAUUUGUAAAUUGACAACAAUAUAAAAC